AUGACUUGUGAUUUGGGUCACUGAGAGAAACUCAAGCAAGGUGUUUCUUAAAAACUACGGUAUGCCUGUCGCAAUUUCCUAUGGUCCAAGUAAACGCACAAAGAAACCAUCGAACAGUAUACAUGACAGGCCGAAGUGGAAUCAAAAUCAACCUAAGAAAAGGACUCCCGAAACAUCGAAUGAUACGCAUGGACAUUGUGGUGCUUGUAGUGUAACUAGGUAUCGCAAACAGACAGUUGCGGAAAUAUUAGAACAAGGGACUGUUAGAAAACAACAAGUCGCAAAUCAUAUUUCUACCAGAUUUAGAAAGAUACGUAGCAGCAGCCCUCCGCUUUCGAAAAUAGCAACAAAUGAUAGAAUAUUGUAUCAAGAAACGCAGAUGGAGGUGAUCGCCGAAAGAGAUGAAGAUAUUAAUAUACCCAGACUUGAACUUACUCCCGGAAGUACGUCUGGCUGUGAGACUCUCCGAGAAUGGAUUUCUCCUGCAACAGAAAGAGACUUAGAAUCUAUAACCGAUUCCAAAAAUCCAAUUAUAUCUGCAAAGUGCACGGCGCGAUCUAUUCAUUCCGGGGAAGCAACGCCAUACUAUUCUUCUGUUUCUCAAGGUGCUCUACCAUUUACAAAUACGGAAUUGUCGUCUGAUGCGGACGGAAUUCCAUUUGACCGCUACCCCAGUUCUGUUGUUACGCAUUCAAUACAUACCCCAGCACCCCUACCGCAGUCAGAGCCAGUUAUAUCUCAAUGUGAAAUGUAUCGAGAUGACAUCUCACUUCCACCGAACUUGGAUAUAUAUUUCAAGCCGAUACAUCCGCCACAAAAUUCCCCUGAACGACCAGCGACGGUCACAAAUCCCCUACAGCCAGACGAAAAGUACGGGUUUAUAACAGCAUCACAACGACGAUAUUCUGUCGAUGAGCCACUCACUGAGAACUAUUCUAAACGAUUCAAACCAUAUUCUAUGCCACACAGACGAUGUUCGUCGUUAGUAAGCCCUGAUAUUUCUUCCCGAUACUGCCCUGAGAUGCAACAUGAAAAUGAUUUCCUCAACCUGUUGAAUUCGUUAUCUAGUCCAUCUACAUACAAUAGAGUCCCAUCUGAAAACUCAUGCCGGCUUACCGUUCCUCAACCAAUAGCUCAUGGACAAAUUGGUUUAUUGAAUAAUACCGGUAAUAUAAAAAUUAACAAGGAGAGUUGUGAUACCUCACCAGUUCUUGAUCUGCAUACCGUACCCGAAGAAGACGAGGAGGUUUCUCCACCACAAACUACAGAUUCUCAUAAUAAGCAUCAUUCCAGAAGCAGAUCUUUUUGCACAUCCAGAUCUUCGCUGAGAGAUGCUUUUAAAAACUUGACACUGCGAAAACCAAAAGCUUCUGACUGCAAUAAGACUGAGAAUGUAUCUGAAUCCAAAGAAAGCAAAACUGUAAAACGAACAAAAAAAAUUUCCGACUCCAAGAAGAAAAAAUCAGAUACCUCAAGAAUGAUCUGCACAAGAAAUAACGAAGUGAAUUCGAAUCAAUCCAAAGAAAUUAAAGAUUUUUCCAAACAGGCCAAACAAAACGGUAAAACUUCAACCAAGUCGAAAUCUUUGAAUGAGUCGUGUCCAAAGUCCGGCGAUAUCACUUCUGUUUCCGCAUUGAGUGUUCAUUCGUCGUCAACUUUUACAGAUGUUACAACUGACAGAAAACCCCCACUUAAGACGGAAAAGAAGCCUGGCCGAGGAUCGAAUAAUCUCCAUAAUGGUAAUAUGAGUAAGGCAGCUUUGACUUCACAAAGUAAGUGGAAAUUUAAUCCUAUGAUACUUAUCUACGGCAAUAAAGAGAAGAAGCAAAAAGCAGUUAUGAAAAAGAAGAAAACGGUGAAAAAACAACCGAAAACUAGGCCCAGUCCUUCUUCAGGAAGCACUACCAGCACUGCUCUUACUAGUUCAGCAGAUGGAUGCAGGUCGAAUAAUAAAGAUCCAAGUUAUGCUAGACCAAUCAGGCGACCUAAGACAAAGUCAAAUGAAAUAUCAGACUCUCUCAAACCUUCCUCUACAACGCAAACUGAGACCAAAAGUGCAAAAUCUAACAAGCAUGCAGUUCCAAAAUCGGAUGUUAUGGGAGAGGAAUCGAAUAAAUCUGUGAAAAGCAAAUUUGGCAUUUCAACCCGCCCUGCUCCGUACGUUGCGCAUUUAAUACCGCCCCGAUCAGCUGUGCUUAAAACUCACAGUAAACCAGUUGACGAACCGAAAGACAAUGUGAAACAAUCUCUUCAUACAAAUGCAGAAAAAAAUUUCAAAACUGCUAAACUCGGUGGAUAUCUCGGACCGAGUACACCUUGGACCAAUAUAUUUGGAAAUAUGGACGUAGCGUGGACGCAAGAUCCUCAGUCCCGUUAUGCUAUAACCGAAUGUGCACGGUUCCCUGCGCCCCAACGAUACUUUCAACACUCGAGAUAUCCUACUUACAAAUUCCCCAAUGGGUACAUGUCGGAUACCCCUCAUUCAUCAAGAUAUCCGCCAAAUGGCUUUCCUAAACCUACACCAAUGACGGAUGAUGAAUGUUACUACAAAGAUCAAAGACCUUUAACAAGAUUACAAAUGAUGUUUGCUUGUCGCCCAAGGGAAGAAUCAUAUGCGCCGCCUGAUAGAUCGCCAGAAGCACCACGGCGUGUUGUCCGUUUUAAAGCAAAUCCCACUACCAUAAAUGGAGAAAGAAACAUUCCCCAACUUCACAACGAUGACGCUAGUAACAGGUAUCACAUGCAGCCCAAAUCAUCCAAAUUUCUUUACCAGACGCCAAAUCAUAAUCACCACGCUUCUGUCAGAGCAGAAGACCGGUACAUAUCUUUUGAAAACAAGAUCAACCAAGGCCGAGAUAUUCGCUUUUCUCUUAGGAAUAAACGUAUAAAAGCGAAUGAAUACUCCGAAAAUUAUUAUCCUCCGUAUGCUACAAUGGCAUCUAGGACUGAUGCAGGACAACCUCGUAUGCCCAACUUCCACAAUGGAGACGCGAUAUACGAUCGACCUAACGGUGGACCAUAUGCAUCCUAUACUACUAAUGGUGCGCGAGGAAUGCGAUCUACGUAUCCUCCAACAGGAAGAGGAGGCUUCGGCAAAGGGAAUCUAAGUAAACAGUUCCGUCCUAUGACAUUUGGAACGGCGCCGAGGUCAGAUUACUCUCAUACAACUCACCCAGAUAAUUCACCAAUGAAACCGAAAGUCGUUACCGUCGUAAGGGCGGGACAAAUCCGUCCUCACAAAAAGAUAACAAUUUUGUUGAAUAGGAGAUCGGUUCAAACGUUUGAACAACUUGUUGCCGAUAUAUCAGAAGCACUCGGACAACCUAAAUGGAAAAACGACCAUAUACGGAAGUUGUAUACUUUGAAAGGUCGGGAAGUGAAAUCCGUUUCAGAUUUCUUCCGCGAAGACGAUGUUUUUAUCGCUGUUGGCAAAGAACAAUUAACAACGAUGGAUGUGCAGGAAGUCUUAGAAGAACUUUAUCCUGAUUCACCUUACGCACAAAAUUUAAUUCGACAAAACCUAGAGAAAGCUUAUAAAAACAAAGGUGCAAGACGGCAACCUUUCACGAUUGCCGAGGGAACCAAAGGUUCUAAGUCUGACUCCGGUCUAGGCGAUUCAACGGAGGGAGACAGGAGGUUUAAUGAUGUUGGCACAAACAAAUCUCCUCGAGAUAAAGCCAGGGGUCGUCAUUUAUUAAAUGAAAGAAGAAAAUUUCAAGAGGAGGAUAGACAACGAGCGAAAAAGUGGGAAAGAGAAAGAAUGGAAAGAGAACAAGAAGAACUCGAGGAAGAGCUGAGGCGACGAGGUCGUGGCCGAGGCAGAGUUGGGGGUGCUUCAAAUGGAAUCGCCCCAGCCUCAGACGUUGAAGUGAAAACCUCAAUUCGUGAUGCUGAAAGGAGGAGAAAAGAACGACAGCAAUGGGAGGCAGAAGAGAGAGAAAGACAACAUAGAAAACAGAGAGAGGAAGACGAAAAAAGAAGAAGGCAGUUGGAUGAUAAUAAACGAGAGAGAGAAAAAUUACAGAGAGAAAAAGAAGAGGAAGAACGGCGUAGACUGAACGCUGAAGAAGAUGCCCGAAGAAAGAGAGAGGAGGCAGAGCAAGAGAAACGAAGGCGGAAAGCUGAAGACGAGGAAAGAGAGAGGCGGAGAAGAGAAGCCGAUAAACUACGAAAGGAGGAAGAGGCGCGAAUAAAACGAGAGGAAGAGGAACGGCGGAUACGUGAGGAAGAUGCUGAACGAGAGAGGGAAAAAAGAAGGAAAGAAGAAGAAGCGCGUAGAAGAAGAGAGGAAGAGGAAGAGGAGCGUCGAAAACGAGAGGAAGAACGUAGGAAUCGUGACAGAGAACGUGAGCGAGAGAGAGAAAGGAAACAUGAAAGAGAAGAGAGAGAACGAGAAGAAGAAUUGCGACGACGGGAGGAGGAAAAUAGCACACGAAGCACACCUCAAAGAAAACAACCUUUUCACAAGGUCGACGACACUGAUCGAUCACGAAAAGUUCAGAAAUACAAGGCACCUUCACGUGGCAUGAUUACCAGAAGUGAUAUUGAAACGAGGUAUGAGAUUGGGAAAACGAUCGGUGACGGCAAUUUCGCGAUCGUUAAAGAAUCUCGACUACGAAAUACCGAAGCUGAAUAUGCGAUGAAAAUUAUCGAUAAAUCAAAAUUAAAAGGAAAGGAAGAUAUGAUUGAAAAUGAAAUCGCAAUUAUGAAGAACUGUAUCCAUCCUAAUAUCGUUCGGUUAGUUGAAGAGUUCGAAACGGAAGACGAGAUUUACCUCAUGUUGGAAUACGUCAAGGGCGGUGACCUCUUCGACGCCAUUACCGAAAGUGUAAAAUUCACGGAACGUGAUGCUGCAAACAUGGUCGCUGACUUAUGUGAAGCGUUGGCGUUUUUACACGACAAAAAUAUUGUUCACAGAGACUUGAAACCGGAAAAUUUAUUGGUCUCCAGAAAUAAAGACGGCAGCAUGACUCUGAAAUUAGCUGAUUUCGGUCUUGCAAUGGAAGUCACUGAACCUAUUUAUACUGUCUGCGGGACACCUACAUACGUCGCUCCUGAAAUAUUGGCUGAAACCGGUUAUGGACUGGAAGUCGACAUGUGGGCAACUGGAGUUAUCACUUAUAUUCUUCUAUGUGGAUUCCCACCGUUCCGUUCACAUGAUAGAAAUCAAGAAGAAUUGUUUGAAAUUAUACAACUCGGGGAAUAUGAAUUUUUGUCGCCGUAUUGGGAUAGCAUUUCAGACGCCGCCAAAGAUCUUAUUUUCAAACUUCUGGUUGUCGACACAAAACGAAGAUAUACCGCAGAACAAGUAUUACAACACCCGUGGAUAAAAAGCGAAGGUUCCUGUAAAAAAAUCAACCUUCAGAGAGAAAUAACAAUGAAUUUGGAAAGAAACUUUGGGGCAGAUAGAAGCAGACGUAAAGCUGGGUUGGCCGGAGCAACAUAGUAUAUCAGAAGUUGUGAAUACUUCAGAUUGUUAGUUAUUCCAAAGCGUGUGCCAAAAAUAAAUUCGCCUUAUGCAUGGAAAAAAAGUUUAGAUUGAACAUUUCAUUCCUUCCAAACCAAAUUUUAGUUUUGAGCCUUUAAAUGAUAAAAUCACAAUUCAAAUAUUAAUUCUUUUUCAAUUUGUAAUAGACGUUCGCUGUCUUCAGUCGCUUCGAAAUCGUGUGAAUAUAUUCAAUGGUAAACGGUUAUUUGAUGGUCAAUACCGCGUUAUAACAAAGCCUGAUUAAAACUAGUUCCCGCAUAUUAUUGAAUUUUAUGGAGUCUCAUAAUGUAUUUUGAAGAAAACAAACUACAGUCACACAUUACUGUUCACACUUGGAUGUAGCUUUUCUUUGGUCUCUCUGGAAUAAAAAUUAUCGGUAUGUCUGUUGAUCACACCCCACUGUAUUUGCGACGUUACAGCGACCAAUUUCUAACCUUUAAAAUUUUAUUUAAACUUAAACAGGGCGCCCACUGUCUUUUUUAGCAUUUGGCAAUCUUGUAGUCUUCCGCCAAAGAUACUUUACUAUAUUAUUUAAUAUUACUUUAUUUUGUUAAUAUUUAUCAUAUUAUAAGUAAUUGGGUAGAUAGUAUGUAUAAUUUCUGCUACCUCAUAAUAAUUUGGCACUCAAUUUUUCAUUCUUUUUUUCCGAUUUGUCAAAUAAUGGAUGUCAAACAAACUGGAUCAUGUUCGAAAUCUCAAUAGACUCUUGAUUUGUUUGUUUUUGUUACUGAACUCAGACCAUUUAUGAACCGUGCGUUAGAAUCAAUAUUGGGUAUUCAACACAAUUCCUUGGAUUUGUAAUUUAUCCUAAUUUGAAAAAACAUGUUUUCUUGAAAGUCUAAACAAAUUGGUCCACUUUAUUAUAAUUGCCAUGGU